AUGACGAAUACCAAUCUCAUUAUUGCCAUCAUUUUUGCUGGUUUAUUUGGCUUAGCCCUCAUGUUCAUUGCCUUGUGGUGUCUCAGCCGUUACAUUCACAGUUGUUGUCUCAAUAUUGGGCAGUGGCUCCACGCUUUGUCACCUCAGCCGCCUAAGGACCCACCAGUCGUGUAUGUUGAGAAUCAUCGGUCUAGAUCCAGGAAAAGCGAGCGGGGAAGAAAUCUCGAUCCCCUAAGAACAAAAAGAGAUCACGAAAGCGGGAAUUUUGAAUACGAACAGACAGGGGAUGGGAGUGUGGAUACGAGGCCAACGGUUCAGCUUUGCGCUCCUGUGCAAGUUCAGCAGCAACCGUAUAACCCAAGAUAUUAUCCUUUGCUGUGGCAAGACCAAACUCAAAAUAUACAAUCAGUGAUGCGGCACCAGACAUCAAUGCAUUGGCAAGCACAGGGUACUCCUCGAGUACCAACAUACGCUACGCAAACAACAAUACCUCAGCAGCCGAAUCCACAGAUGACAAUGGAGAUUUCGGAACCUUUCCAGGGUCCGUCUCGGUACCAGCCCCACAUGUUGUCCCAACCGCAAAAAUGUCUCUCGGCAAAAGCCAGGUCGCCGGAGAAAUAUGCGCGCAAGGCAAGGAAGGUUGACUACAUUCACAUUUGUGAUGAGUAUCCGCCUUUUGUGCUGGAAGCACUCAAUAAGGCAGCUCCAUCAUCACCACCCACUUCCUCUUCAUCUUCCUCAUCAUCCAGCUUGAGCGAUGGAUCUGGAACGACGCAAGAGGUACCGCGGGCUACUAUACCAUGCGCCACGGCUGCUUGCAUCAAAACCAAACAAUGCCCACAUAUAGUAGCACGCGGAAGGGAUACCUCGGGGACGUAG